GGAGGGAGGCACUGACGUCAAUUAGGACCCAACAGAUAUUUACCUGACUUCAAUCAACACUAGUGCUGUUAGUCGGCCCAGCUGCAGUGAUGGCCACGGUGCUCCUGAACGUACCUGCCGCCGCGGUGUUCAUGCUGGGCUGUGUGUGUGCCGUCCCGCUGCAGGGCCAGAAGCUGGGUCAGGCCGUGGUGGACCCGCUCACGGUGCCCAGGGCCAACCCGCAGUGCUGGGACUCGUCCUCGGCUCUGCUGCUGGAGAUGCGCUCCCCGAGGAUCGCAGACACGGUGCCCGCCUUCUGGGACCUGAUGGUCUUCCUCCGGUCGUCAGACGACAACAGGCACACGGCGCUGUUCUGGGACCUGGCCCGGGUCUUCUGGGACCUGUACCUGGACUGUGUGGUGUCCAGGAGUCACGGCCUGGGGAGGAGACACGUCACCGCGAUACACUCCCUCAUUACUGACAAGUCCUUCAGAUUCAACAGCUCAGGAGCAAACUCCCGGGCGUGGCUCAGUGUCAGAGUGAGACGCAGAGGACACAUCAAGACCUUGAAGAUCAAACCCAAACCAAACCACAAAUAAUUGACAUUAUUACCACCUCAUAGCUUUUAUCAGUAUUUUCUUACCUACACAAAAACUCAAAUGUUUCACCAUGAUAACAUUACAAGUACCUUAAGUCUAUUUUGUGGUUCUCAGCAGGUUGUGUUGGUUUUAUCUCUGACAUCAUUUAUUAGUAAUACACAACAAUGUUUUCCAAUUAAGAAAACUUUAUUUCUUUAUUUGUUUUUACAAAACAUUUGAACUAUGUCUGAUGUAUAGUUACAUUUAAGUGUUUGCUAUCACAUGUUCUUAUGCAAUGGAUGCAUUUGUCAGUGUUUUUAUGUUAUGUUAUGUUAUGUUAUGUUAUGUUAUGUUAUGUUAUGUUAUGUUAUGUUAUUUUAUGUUAUGGAGGAAUCAUGUCAAAAUAAUUGGACAGC